ACAGAAAGAGACCUAUGUUUGAAUCUUCCAAAACCUACAUUUCCUUCUAAUUUGAAAAUCCCAUCAAACUAAGAGAGAGAGAAAAAGAAAUGAAAAUGGAAAGAAAAUAUUAUAUACCUUGUGAUUCUCAAACCGCAAAGUCAGCUCCAUAUAUGUUUACAUAUACAUAUUUGUUUUGUCUUUCAGUAAGCUUUGCUUAGCUUUUCCUGAAAGAACGCUAGAAGCAAGCAAGGCAGAGAUGAGCUUGAGGUGCAGCGGCGGAAGUUGCACAGAAAGCAAGGGCGGUGGCAGCAAUGGCAGCGGUGGACCGUGUGGGGCGUGCAAGUUUCUGCGGAGGAAAUGUAUGCCAGAGUGUAUAUUUGCACCCUACUUCGACUCUGAACACGGUACAACUCAUUUUGCAGCUGUGCACAAGGUGUUCGGAGCAAGCAAUGUCUCAAAGAUGCUUCAACAUAUUCCUGAACACAAACGGCUCGAUGCAGCUAUAACUAUAUGUUACGAGGCACAAGCUCGAAUCAGAGAACCAGUUUUUGGCUGUGUUGCUCACAUCUUUGCCCUUCAACAACAGGCUGCAAGGCUGCAAGUAGAGAUCUCAUAUUUGCAAGCUUACCUAGCAACAUCGGAGCUUCCAAGACCCGCACCCCAUCUACAGGCACAACUACCAGCUCUGGUCAAGAAGCCAACUCUAUCCUCCAUUGUAAACCUUCCAUCAGAUUGCCCUCCUUUUCCUGCUGAAUCAGAUCUUUCUCCACUUCUUGAUCCCGUCGAGCAAGCUUCACGGCCAAAAUUGCAGUCUCCAUUGGAAUUGUACCAAAUUGGGAGCAACAAUUUCCCAUCCAUGGGCAGCAUUGAUCAACAAGUUGUCCAAAAACAACCGUCUUCGAUGCAAUGCAUUGAUGCCUCACUGUUUCCGAACGUCCCUAAACGAGCCUAACGGGUGAUUAGACUGCUAAUCUCAGGGUUUCUC